GUAGAGUAGUAGGCACUAGGCAGCCUUAUUAGCUACCAGCUGCUUAUCGCUUUCCAGAGAGCUGCAGCAUUGCCAUGGCCAUUGCAGUCAUCAGUACAGCACAGCAGUGCAGUCCUGUACACAAACUUAUCUUGGCCGGGCUCGCCUCGGCUCUUCUCUUACCGUCGUAAUACAAUACAAACAACGAAACAAGGCAUUUCAUUCAUGCCCUCCUCCAUUAAUACCUAAUCUACCUCUCUACAGUUGAUUUCAUGGGCCUUUGUUCUUGUUCAAAUCAAGUCAGAUCAGAUCAAAUCAGGGGAUGAUGAGGCCGGGCCUUGAAAUAAAUGGAUGGAUUGGGCCUCCUGUCCUUUUGAGUCUUUGACUCUGACUACCAGUUCGAUUUCCUUGCAGGCAAGAAACCGUUGGUUGCGUCGAAGGACGCGCCACAGCUACUUCUUGGGUCUACGACUCGUCCCUCGCUCUCGCUAGGGUUUUGCGUGAGAAAUUUUGCCACGCCAUUUACCUAAAUUGAAGUGGAGUUCUGCGGCCCUUAGUUGGUUCCAAGGGACCUGCGUGGGUUUGUUGUUGUCAAUUGGAGAGACGGAGAAAUUUGGGGUUGGUUUUUGUAGGGCUUCAUGGAGGCUGGAGUUGCUGCUGUCGGCGGCGACUCCACCACGAAAAAGUUUCGUCAUCAUCACCAGCAAUCAUGGCCUCCGCAGCCGCAAAUUUCUCAGAUUGGUACGGUGAAUCAGCUCUUGGCCGGCGGUAUCGCCGGAGCUUUCAGCAAGACCUGUACUGCUCCUCUUGCACGUCUCACCAUUCUCUUUCAGGUGCAAGGCAUGCAUUCAGAUGCUGCAAUGAUGAGUAAGACUAGUAUAUGGCGUGAGGCAUUGCGAAUUGUCAAUGAAGAAGGUUUUAGGGCUUUCUGGAAAGGAAAUUUGGUCACUAUUGUUCAUAGGCUCCCUUAUUCUUCGGUCAACUUCUAUGCAUAUGAACAGUACAAGAAAAUUUUGAAAUCAAUUCCUGUCAUACAUGGGCUUGGGGAAAAUAGGCAUGGAGAUUCUUUUGUGCAUUUUGUUGGUGGUGGCUUGGCAGGAAUCACUGCUGCUUCUGCUACAUAUCCGCUGGAUCUUGUCAGGACACGGCUUGCAGCUCAGAGGAGUGCAAUAUACUACCAAGGUAUAAGGCAUGCACUGCAUACCAUAUGCAGAGAUGAGGGCUUUCUUGGUCUAUACAAAGGGCUGGGAGCAACACUAUUGGGUGUUGGACCCAGUAUCGCAAUAAGUUUUUCAGUUUAUGAGGGUUUGAAAUCUUAUUGGUAUUCUCAAAGGCCUAAUGAUUCUACAGUAGUGGUCAGCCUGGGUUGCGGCAGUGUUUCUGGUAUUGCAUCUUCAACAGCAACAUUCCCUUUGGACCUUGUUAGGCGAAGAAUGCAGUUGGAAGGUGCUGCUGGUCGAGCCCGGGUCUAUAAGACUGGGUUGCUUGGAACGUUCAAACAUAUAAUUCAUACGGAAGGGUUGCACGGCUUAUAUAGAGGGAUUUUGCCUGAAUACUGCAAGGUUGUUCCAAGCGUAGGGAUUAUUUUCAUGACAUAUGAAACAUUGAAGAAGCUACUGUCACAUGGACCUUUCGUGUAGUCUGCAAGUAAUGCCGUAGCUCUCUCUUGAUUCCAUUUGUGUAUAAUAACAACAAACAUUAAAGUCUUCCAUGGUACAUAACAAACUUCCAUGGAGAAAAAUUUUGUGUUGCAGAGAAUGUAUAGACUAUUGAAGGCUUGAUGUAUUUACAUUUGGUUAUUGUUCCUUUGUAGUUUAGGUAGGGUUAAUAGGUAUAUAUUGCAUUGAUAAUUGUAGAUGGGCAACAUGAAGAAUUUUUAUGUUGAGCUCGUCAUGUCAAUAAAAAUACAUUGUUAUGUUGAAUAUCAAAAAACAUGUGUUGGUCA